GAGACCAUCGAUGAGACCAUCGAGGGAGCGGCGGAGGAGUCCCUGGAGGAGAAGUGCAUGGACGACGAGAGCGAGAGCAUCCCGGAGGACGACCUGGGCAUUACGGUGGAAAGAGACAACGGGGCCUUGGAAGACGAGGCCGCGGUCCGGCGAAUG